AUGGGUGUCGCCGAAUACAAAUCCCCGAGCUUUGGAAUCGAGAAGAACUCGGAGUUGGCUACACAAUUCGACAGAAGCAUCUCCCUCGUGAAGGCUUAUACGAGUCGCUUUGAGCAGGAUUAUGCCCGGCCUGCUAUCAAAACAUCCGGAGUAUUCUACGAAAGGCGGCCCAUCUCCGCUGUAUUUUUGGGAUUCUUCUUGUCCCUGAGCUUCUUGCCAGUCAUUUCGUUCAUCGGCAUCUCGGUCUUCACGAUUGUAUCCUUCCUCACCGUCGCCUUCGGAGCCGCUCUUGUCUCGGCAUUUAUGGUAAUUCUAGGCUGCUUUGCUGUGCUUGCCUCCGUCCUACUUGCGACCUUUUUCACAUCAGGAUUCUUGACAGCCGGGACCGUCUUCACAUUCCUGUUUGCACGCUUUGCGAUCUCGGUUCGCCGCUCAGGAGUGUCUGGCUUUUCUGAAUGGGCGAACGAGACGAAGGGCCGCCUUGGUCGCACCCCAAAACCCGGCGAAGGCGAAAAGCAGAUUCCCUCGGAUUCAACAAGCAAUGAAUCCGUUGUCCUCGUAAAUAAACCCAUUGGUACGGAACCUGAAGAUGCCACCUCAGUGCCACAAGACAAGCACGGUGCAGGAGAAGAGACAAAAAAUCCAGAAUCUUGA